AUGGAGGAGGAAAAACUUAUUCGUAAGAAGAAGAAAGCCCUGAAUGGUAGCAAUAGACGUGCUUACGCUGAAGCCUGUAAUGAUUUAGCAACGUAUUAUUAUAAACAAACUAGAUAUAGUGAUGCUUUGGAUGAGUACAAAAAUGAAGCAGCCGUGUGUAAAGAGAUGGGCCUUAGAAUGGAGUGGGGAGGAUGCAAUAGGAUGAUAGGGGAGAUGUACAUGCUAUUAGCAGAGUUUGAUAAAGCUCUUAAGUAUGAAGAACGACACUUAGCUGUUGCUAAGGAACUAAAUAACUUAGUGGAAGAACAGAGGGCGAUGGCAACAUUGGGACGAAUAUACCUUCUACAAGGACAAAGCACAUCUGACCAUGAGGAAUCCAAAAGAUCUUUAACUGAAGCAGAAAAGGCUUUUCUAAGGAGUCUUGUAUUAUGUGAAAAGCUAAAUGGAAAGAUAAACAAAUCUGAACUAAUGGACAUGAGGGCUCGCCUCUUAUUAAACAUAGGAGUUGUACAAGAGCAACUUGGCAAUUUGGACAAGGCAGUCGACUGCAUCAACAAAGCUAUAACUAUAUGCUCUAAUCAAGAUUUGUAUGAAGUUCUACACAAUUGUUACACAACACAAGCCUUAUUGUACUGUAAUAAGAUGAAAGAUUAUCCAAAAGCACUGAGCUGUUUAAAUAAGGCUUUAGAGGUUGCAGGUAGAUUGGAUGAUAAGGUUCUCAAAGUAUGUGAGACUCUUUCAACAAAAGCAGAUAUUUUAUGCAAAAUGUCAGACUAUCACAGCGCUAAGCAAGUCCUAUACAAAGCUUGGAAAUUAAAAACACCAGAUGAAGAGGAAAGGGAAAAUAUUGAGAGUAAUUUAAAAGUUGUUGCCGCAAUGUGUUACACAGAAGACCUAAUAAUAUCAACCGAUCCAUCUGACUAUCCGACGUUCAAGAAAUUGUAUGAAAAACUUGGAGACGGCGCGUGUCACUUGAAGAACUAUUCAGCGGCUGUUGAAUAUUAUUUAAAAAUGUUAGACCAUGCUGAGCUAGCUGGCGAUUGUGGGAAGACAUUAAUACCGAUUUACGUCAGCCUCUAUCAAACUUACAAAGACAUGGGCCGUUACAAUGAAGCCCUCCAGUAUUACUAUAAAGAGUACGAACUCAUAAAAGAUGUUCCCAAAGAAGCAUUUACCACUUUGUACAAUAUAGCUGAAGUCGCUUACCUGGCUAAAAAACCCUACGAACAAAUUGAGAAGGCGUGUCUGGAAGCUAGAGACGCUGCUAGAGAAUGGAACAAAAAGAAGUACGAAAUACGGAUUUUGAAAAGCCUAUUGAAAUACCAAGAAGAAUAUUUGGAACUCGAUAAAAUGGAGGACACUAAGAGUGAACUCCAAGCCCUCGGUUACGACAUUUCAGAUAAUUUAGAGGUCUCCGAAGACGAAAUGAGCUCAGGUGGCAACGGUGACGAAGAUACACCACAAAUUGGAGAUGACAUUUGUCUAGACGAUCUAACAGAUCUAUCAGACACAAACGAAGAAGAUGCUGUGGAAACAAAGCGGGAGACUCGACGUAGAGGAAAAGGCUUUACCAUCAAGAAGAAUAUGAAAGGCGAAACUCAGUUACAUGUUGCAAGUAUAUCAGGAAAUAAGCUGCUGGUAGAACGGCUUCUAGCUCAGGGUCACCCUGUGAAUAUUCGCGAUAAUGCUGGCUGGCUUCCGCUACACGAAGCUUGUAUACAUGGGCAUGUUGAAGUUGCUAAUUUGCUGAUUAAUCAUGGCGCCAAUGUUAACGAUAGGGGUGGAGCCAAUUGUGACGGUAUCACACCACUUUAUGACGCCGCGAGUAACGGACAUUUAGAAGUUGUACAACUACUCCUUGAGAAAGGCGCUAUACCAACACUCAAGACAGAUUUUGGCGAAACCCCGUCGCAGGUUUUACAAAAAUGGCGAACAGGCACCAUCCUUACAAAGGACGAAGAAAUACUUUACAAUAACAUUUGUAAUAAAAUAAACAAUGUGCUAGAUAAAACUAGCGAAAUCCUAAACAGAUCUAAAUCCAAAACGCCUGUUAAAACCAUACAAGAAAAAACGCCACCGAGUACAUCUAAAAUGACUAGUAAAAUCAAAGAUUUGGAUAGUCCAAGAUUCAAAAGAAGGAAUAUUAUAGAUGACGAUAGUGAUACAGAAAUCAAUUUAUCACAAAAUGUAAGAAAUCAAACUGCAUUCUCAGACGAUUCUAAUUCGGAUGAUGAAAUCGAACAAAAUGAUAAAGUAUCUGGUGUUAAGGAAUAUAGAAAUGCCAUAUCUGCUUUAAGAAAUAGGGUAACUGAUUUACCAUCAGUAGGUGUUAAGAAUAAGCAAAAAUCAGCACUCCUAGAUGCCGCUGAAGUUGACGAUGACUGGUUAGAUGAUGAUCUAGGAAUUAUAAACAAAAACAAAAAGAGAAAACUAAGUGAUCCAUUAGCAACUAUACCAAUGAAAUCAGUAAUAGACACUGUCAAGUCGAGUAUUGAUGAAAUAAACAAAAUAGAACUUACAAGUACUAAUAAAAAUAAAAAACCAAAAUUGAACGAAGUCGUGGAUAUUAGUGAGAACAGCUCUGAUUCAGAUCAAUUUGUACGCGAUGAGAAUGUGAAUCCAAAAAACGCGGACAUCAUGAGAAAUCUGUUAAAAGAUUUCAAUAAUAAACCUAAAGACACUAGAGAUAGUAUGAAGAAGCGCUGGAAACGACAGAGCACGUUAUUGAAGGCGGGAUUUCAAAGGAAACGAAACGAUUCCAGUAACAGCGGCAGCGACACGGAAUUCGAUAGGCACUCUAGAAGAUCAUCCACACCUUUAGCGUUCACAAGAAAAUCUUCUAAUGAAAAUUUCGCGUCCAACGACGGUUUUAAUUUCAUUCAAAACGUUAAUCCCAAUAUAGUACAACCGAUGAAUGUGAUACAACCGAUUAAGAUCGUUCAGCCGAGUAAAAACGGCAAACCCAUGCAGAUUUUGCCGCCGGCGGCUGUCAAAGUGAAAGUGGAGGAUAAAGUAUUCUUGAUUUCGUUAAAACUGGACACUAUUAACAAAUUGACGAUUAGCUGGUUAGUGGAAGAAGUCAAAUCGCGUUAUUAUAAACUAACAGGCGUCCGCCCAGUAUUCAGUUUGAUGACGUCAGAUGGCGCUAUUUUAUGCGAAGACGACCCUCUUAGUCUAGUUUUGUCAUCACCAGAACUUAACACUUGUAUUAGUAACUGGAAAGCUUCCCCCGCUGAAGAAAGAUAUUUGGAAUGCUGUGAUGCUCUAGGAGUCUCACCUUCUGAAGAAAUACAACAAGCCGUUGGAAGGAGUCAUACAACGAGGCGAUUAGCUCUCGGUUCACAAACCUUACCCCCAUCACAAAUAAGGCCUCUUUUCAGAGCGCUUACCCACCAGAACCACAUCACAGCUAUCAUGAUACCGAAUAACAAAAUAAACAAUGAGUCCAUUAAAUAUUUGACAGACAGCAUAUCAACGAUGAAGCACUUGACCCUUCUGGAUCUUAGCAGGAAUAAUAUAAGCUGUGACGGUGUAAGGUUUUUACUAAAUUCCUUCGAGAAAUCUAACCGAACCUGUAAUUCUAUAGAAGACAUAGAUCUGAGCCACAAUCCCAUUUCUGAUGAUGGAUUCAAAUGUCUUCUUAAGCUUAGCAAGUAUUUAAGGCUAAAAUCGUUAAGAGUCAACAACUGUGAUAUUACAGAGAACGCGUUUCAAGAUGUCAGUACGUCACAAAUCAAUUUUGAUACAUUAGAAGUUUUAGAUAUUAGUCAUAAUGAAUUAAAAAUAGUAGUGAUUAGUAAUUUGAUGACAAUUCUUAAUCCAAAUGUGAUGGUUGAUUUGAUAUUGGAUAAUGUGUGUGUGGAAGGGAAUGUAGUGGGGUGUUUAGCUAGCUUUAUGGAUACGGCUAAGGAAUUGAAAUUGAGGCGGUUCAGUCUAUCCGCUUGCAAGUUGGCAGAUGGACAGUUUAUGAGGAUUUUUAGAUGUCUCGGCAGAGCCAAGAACCUACAAAGUGUCACAUUGAAAGACAACCUCCUCACAUUCAUAACUCUUAAGAAAUUACUCCAGCGGCAACCGCCCGUCCCACAGAUCAACCUCGAGGGCUGUCAAGACAUAUUUAAGUAUUCACCAGACUCCGAUUUUCAAGUAUGGCUACCGGCUAUAGAUUUCGGUAGAUGUAUCCCAGAAAUAAAUGUCACACCAGUCUCAAAGUCUGAUGAGGAACGGGAAAGCUUUAAAUUAUUCUCCAAAACAUGGCUAAACUGUUUUAAAGGGCGCGGUGUUAUUGAACAUGGUGAUGGCGGUGUAAUAAAAUUCACAGCUAGGUGA